AUGUUGUUUACACUGCUCAAUCAAAUUAUUCUAAUUUCAGGCAAAAAUCUCGAACAUGGACUCAAAAAAGAAGGUUUACUCUCCUUCGUGAGGGAAUUGGACGGAAAUGAAAAUGAUUCGAUCGAUAAUUAUUUGAGAGAUGCUAGUAUGUAUGCUAGAGUGGUUAUAUUGAGCGUAAGGGGAGCUUUAGGUUCCUACUGGGGCGAUCACGACUGGAAAGCUGGAGACUUUGAAGACCAUCAAGCAAGAAAAGCCUACGAAGCACUACUGAGAGUUUCCUUGUUGCACCCCACUAGCGACAAGUUUCAAGAUUUCACCGAUAAAGUCAAAGAAAGAUCAUUGAAGGACUACAACUACAGCAUCAGCGAAGGCGAAGAAGUCAACUUUGUAGUGGGCGCAUUCUACGAUGGCGUCUACCUUCUGGGGAUGGCCCUUAACGAAACCCUUUGGGAAGGCGGAGAUAUAAGGGAUGGAGUCGAUAUAACUUUGAGGAUGUGGAACAGGACUUUUACAGGGAUCACAGGACGUGUUCGUAUAGAUGAUAACGGUGAUAGGGAUGCUGAUUAUUCAAUAUUAGAUUUGGAUCCGAUAACAGGGAAAUUUGAGGUCGUGGGUCAUUACAAUGGAAUGGACAAACGCUAUGCCCACGUUCCAGGAAAACGUAUCCAUUGGCCUGGAGGAAGAGAAGGACCACCGCCCGACAUUCCGAAAUGUGGAUAUUUGGACGAUAAUCCUGAGUGUAGGGACAGAGAGGCUUACAUGUUAGUGAUCUACGGAUCGUUUGCGUUUGGAGUGUUUUUAGCUUUUGCGUCUACACUUAUUUGUGUGGCUUAUAAGUAA